CAGCAACUAACCAUUUAGUUUUUUUGUUUCUUUGUUUAACGUUUACAACCAACCGCAUUACUUAACUAGUUUAACCCUGUCACUUAUUUUGCCCAAAUUAUUAGUAAAACUAAGCAACUUCGCCACUCACGUGAUAAAAAUCCAAUCAAACACCGAACAAACCGAACAUCGUAUGGUUUUUUCUUUCUGAAAUAGAUUACAAAUUUUAACGACGACGACGACAACAACAACAACAAAGUCAACAACAUAAGCUAUUGCACAAAUAACUACAUUAACUACUUCUUUACAACUAGAUAACAACAACAAAAAAAAUCAUUCAACAUGACCAUUCAAGCACAAGCUCCACAACAGUAUUCAAUGUUGUCAAAUAUUUACACAUUUGUUGUAAGUACAGUAUUGCACAUAAUAAAUGCUAUUUAUCAUUUCAUAUUACCAUUACCAGUGAUACCUGAAGAUGUUCCAAAGACUGGGCCAUCAGAUAAAGCUAUCACCAAGACAAAAAAGACAAAAAAGCCACCAACUUUAUUCCCUUCUAUUAGUGAAGACGCCACCAUAUUAACUCAAAGAAAUACAACUAAGGAAGAAUCUAAAUUAACUGAAAAUGAACUUCGUAAACACACAGAACGUUCUGAAAAUUUACACACUCCUAUUUCAUGUUCUACUGGAUUAACCACUCGUUUAUUACCCUUUAAAAAUGAUAAAGGUGAAAUUGAAUGGACAUUUACUGAUGAUGUAAUUACACCAGGUCAUGAAUUAGAUGCAUUCAGAAUGGAUAAACAACCAGUAAACUCAAAUGACAUCAAGCAUCAUGACUUGUCUCCAACCAUUUCCAACACCAGUAAUUCCAGUACUUUAUCACAAAAGAUUCGCAAAGAAAACUCUGCAACUCCAACCACAACUAACACUACUUCUCCAUUCACACCAGAUGUAGAUGAUGACAAGAGUUCUGUAUCUUCUCAAGGUGAACAAUCAGCCGAAAGUCCUGAUGCUGAAGGUAAAAUCCAUCACUGUCCUCAUUGUGAUGCUACUUUUAAAAUCAGGGGAUAUUUAACCAGACAUUUAAAGAAGCAUGCUGUGAAUAAAGCAUACACAUGUCCAUUCCACAAAGUCAGUAUCUAUAUUGACGAAAAUAACAUCACUCACAAGUGUCAUCCUAACGGUGGGUUCUCGAGAAGAGAUACAUACAAAACCCAUUUAAAGUCAAGACAUUUCAAAUAUCCAAAGGGUACUAAAACCAAACAAAGAGCUACUUCUAGUGGUUCAUGUUCCAUGUGUGGAGAAUUCUUCCCCAAUGCCGAAAUAUGGUGUGAAUUACAUGUCGAAGGUGGUGAAUGUAAGUACUUGCCUGCUGGAUUCAAAGGCAAGUCAAGAAUAAAGAAUAGAUUAAGAAAACAAUUGGAAAAGAAUAAGGAUGUCGAUCCUGACUUAUUACCAUAUGCUUCCAGAGUUAUUGGUGAAGUUAACCGUAAAUCAGAUAUGGAAGAAACUCCUGGUUCUAUGGAUACUCCAUAUGGAGAAUCUCCAGGCAGUUACAACACCCCAACUUCUAUAAUGCGUUCACCAUUGAGUUAUAUGACAUUGCAAAAUCCACCAGUGAAUAACACGGCAUAUUUCGACCAACAACAAUUACAACCACACUUACAACAAGACUUCAACCAACAAAGAGAUAUUCCGCAGUUUGAUCAAUUUACCAAUACUCAAAUACGUAAUUCUUUGGACAGCAUAGGAGAAUAUGAUGAUGAAUUCUGCCUUGAUAUCGAUCAAUUGAACAAUGCCACCUUUAAUAAUUUCAAUGAAAUUGUGAAUUAUGUUAAAUUGAAUCAACAACAACUUCAACAAUCGUUACAACAACAACAACAGCAACAAUACCCUAUCCCUUCCCCUUACGCCAUGUCACAAUCCCCCGAUUCUCAAUCGCAGCAACAGCAACAAGUACCACAGCAGCCAGUAAUGAUGUAUCAAUAUUAAAGGAAUGUACAAGAUAUGCUUAUGAAAAAAAAGUUACUGACGAUAAUAAUGUACCAUAUGGACAGGUUUAUGUAUUAAUUAAUUAGCUACGAUUUUUAAAAGGGGAUAGGGUUUUGUUUUUAAGUUUUAUAUUGUGUUUUUAUGUUUAGUUUGUUUUAUUAAUAAAAGAGUAUUUAUUAUCCAAAUAUGUCGUCUAUAGCACUCUUUUUUUUCUUUUUCUUCUUUGGUUUAUCUGAACCAGUUUGUUUGAUAUCGUCUAUUGUUGAUGGAGUAGCUGAUCGUGAUUUCUUUUUCUUCUUUUUAGGUUUCGUAUCAAAUAUGUCAUCGAUGCUUAGACUUGGCUCUUGGCUUGGCUCGCUUUGUUCUGGAACAUCUUUUACAACUUCAGGUAUGAACUCAACACCUAAAUCAUCCUCUGUUUGCGCAACACCUGUCGCAUUGCUCUCGACUAUCCUAGUCGUUGCACUGUUAGCCACACUCGGUAUCUCAAGUAAUAAUCUAUUGAUUUUGGCUAGCGAUGCAAGAAGUGCAAAUCCUAAUGUGAUAAACUGUCCCAAACACAAGAUAGAAUUAUACGAAUAAUAAGCCAGUUUGCUCCUUUUGAUUAACCCCUGACUUAACUUCACUAUUUCAUUUGUUUUAUACAAGAUUUUCAGCUGGUUCUUCUUGGGUUUAGGUUGUAGUCGAUUAAUGUCGAUCUGUAACUUGAGGAUCCGUCUAAGAUGUCUAUACGUUAUAUUCAAAUGCAUGAACCAAUCUGCUUGACGAUGUUGGUUUUUGGACCGAUGAUGUAGUAGUGCCACGAUUUCAUAUUCGUUAGUUAGUCCCUUGUAUGUUGCGUGGUUCAUUUCUUGCUUAUGAGUGUUGAU